GGGGCCGGAAUCUCGUGUGCGCGCUCAGACAGCGAUCGCGCGCAGCACGUUUAGGGAGGGGAUGGCGGCAGCGGCGACCGCUGGGAGCGGGACGCCCAGAGAGGAGGAGGCUCCCGGAGGGGAGGCAGCAGCUUCGCAGGCCCAAGCCCCGACGAAUGCACCCGGUGGGGCUCGCCUUUCGAGGCUGCCUCUGGCGAGAGUAAAGGCCUUGGUGAAGGCAGACCCUGACGUAACGCUGGCGGGACAGGAAGCCAUCUUUAUCCUGGCGCGUGCCGCGGAGCUGUUUGUGGAGACUAUUGCAAAAGAUGCCUACUGCUGUGCUCAACAAGGAAAGAGGAAAACUCUUCAGAGGAGAGAUUUGGAUAAUGCCAUAGAAGCUGUGGAUGAAUUCGCUUUUCUAGAAGGCACUUUGGAUUGAUUAUGGAGCUGGAUGAUUUUGUGAGCCUUUGCUGCAUCCGUCGUUUUUCCCCUCUGUGAGCCUCAGCUUUGGAGAGUGUCUGCGCAUGUAUACGAUCUUCCUGUAGAUGGAAGAAGCAGAGAGCUCUUGGAUAGCAUUCUCCAUAAAGUCUUCCAUUACUUGAGUCUGUCUUCCAAUUCAGGCCUGGAUGUAGCUGAUGCUGUUUGGGGCAGAGAUGAAAGGACCGUUCUGCAUAGGUGGUUUAAUGAUCACAGAAGACUGGAAUAAAGGUCUUUGGUCGGCUUCGUUCCUGUGUUUUAUAUUGCCUUUGCUCUUGCCCUGUGACUGGGAACCCGUGUGGUCAGGCACAGACUUUCCUCAUCUUUCAAGCAACCAUCCCAAGUCAAGUCUUUAUUAACUUUGUUCUUUCUAAGCAUGUCAUUGGUAUGUGGGUCAAUAAUAUAUGGGAUACCUCUUCUCCUUAGGAGUCAAAUCAAUGAGGUUCCAACAGUUUUAUUGAAGUAUAAUUCAUGUGUAAUAUUCAAUUCAAACUGUAAAGUUCAAUGGCUUUUUUUUGAAUAUUCAUAGGUAUAUGUAGUGAGAUUUGGAACAUUUUCCUCUGAAUGGAUUCACAUGAGUUUUGUGUAUGACAAAAUUUAGAUAAUGUUAUUUAAAUUUAAUCUAUGCUAUGCUAUGUAUUUGUACCCUUACCUUUAAGUUGUGAAAUAUAUGUAAUAUAAAGUUUCCCAUUUCAACUGCUUUUCAGUGUGUUGCUCAGAGUGUUGCACAACCGUCACCAUCAUUGACCUCCAGAACUUUGUAACAGUGUUCUUAGCCUGAACUGUCAUACACAUGGGACAGUAACUUUGUAACAGUGUUCUUAGCCUGGACCAUCAUACACAUGGGACAGUAACUUUCCCUUUCUCAUCUCAUGUCAUGCUAAAUGAAACUUUUGGGUUUUUUUUGUGAGAUGGUGUGGGUGGUGUACUUGGAGUACAUAGAAUGUAGUGGUUCAGGAAAGCUGUAGCAAGGCCUUCCGACAGUAUUCUGCAGUACAGAUCUUUCUUAGGAUACAAAGUCUGCAGGACAUUUUCUCCAGAAUAAUAGAUUCAGUCCGGUAAUGUGGUAAAAAUACACUUUCAGAAAAAUACUAGAUUUGUAGGAAAGUGUUUUUAAGACUUGCUUAUCAAGUCCCCCCAAGACUGACAUUUCAGGAUUUCCAGGAAUGGACAUUUAUGGCUUAUUAUUCAUUGGGUUUCAGUUUUUAUUUGAAUUCAUUAUUUUUUCCAUCAAUAUCCUUUGUUUUGAGAUCUAAUCCAGAGUAUUAAGUUGUGUUUGCUUCUU